AUGAAGCACAUUGACAGCGCCCCAUCAACCCCAGGGAAGUUCAAGAUCGAGAAAUCCUCUUACCACCGCCUCCGCCUGCACUCUUCCUUGGCCAAGCUCACUUUCUGGUCCCUCACCUUCCUGGGACUAAUCUUCCUCUUCUUCUACAGAUCCCCGCCGUCCUCCUCCGCCGCCGGGACCUCAGAUCUCUCCAGAAGAUCCCUCCGGACCAGCUUCUACAGCGACCCCGAGUUCGAAAAAAAGGUCCGGGCCUCCGCCAAAAUCCGUUCAAGAAAUGGGAUCUCCGUCCUGGUGACCGGCGCCGCCGGUUUCGUCGGCACUCACGUCUCCUCCGCCCUCAACCGCCGCGGCGACGGCGUCGUGGGCCUCGAUUGUUUCAACGACUAUUACGAUCCGUCCCUCAAACGCGCCCGGCAAUCCCUCCUAGAGCGAAUUGGGGUUUACAUCGUCGAGGGCGACAUAAAUGACUCAAAA